AUGGAGAAAACCAUGCUACUGAAUGUGGAAGGCAUUAAGAAGACCAUUCUUCAUGGAGGGACUGGGGACCUCCCUCACUUCAUCAAUGGAUCCAGAGUGACAUUUCAUUUCCGAACUAUGAAAUGUGAUGAGGAACGGACAGUCAUAGAUGACAGCAAGCAAGUCGGCCAGCCCAUGCACAUCAUCAUUGGAAACAUGUUCAAACUGGAAGUCUGGGAAAUCCUACUGACCUCCAUGAGGAUAGGAGAAGUGGCUGAAUUCUGGUGCGACACAAUUCACACUGGUGUCUACCCCAUCCUCUCAAGGAGUCUGAGGCAGAUUGCAGAGGGCAAGGACCCCACAGAGUGGCAUGUUCACACAUGUGGGCUGGCCAACAUGUUUGCCUACCACACACUGGGCUAUGAGGACUUGGAUGAGCUUCAGAAGGAGCCCCAGCCCCUGAUCUUCAUCACAGAACUCCUCAAGGUGGAAUCCCCAAGUGAUUACAAGAGAGAAACCUGGAGCCUCAAUAAUGACGAGAAGAUGCGCGUCGUUCCAGUCCUCCACGGCGACGGUAACCGUCUGUUCAAGCUGGGGCGUUAUGAGGAAGCUGCCGCCAAGUAUCAGGAAGCCAUCAUCUGCCUGAAGAACCUGCAGACCAAGGAGAAAGCUUGGGAGGUUCAGUGGCUGAAGUUGGAGAAAAUGAUCAACACCCUGGUUCUCAACUACUGCCAGUGCCUGCUGAAGCGGGAGGAGUUCUAUGAGGUGCUGCAGCACACCAGUGACAUCAUCCAGCACCACCCAGGUAUUGCAAAGGCCUACUAUGUGAGGGCCAGGGCUCAUGCGGAAGUGUGGAAUGAAGCGGAGGCCAAAGCGGACCUGCAGAAGGUGCUGGAGCUGGACCCUACCAUGCAGAAGGCAGUGAGGAAGGAGCUGAGGGUGCUAGAGAUCCGGAUGGAGGAGCAGCGGGAGGAGGAGAGGCGCCGAUGCCGGAACAUGCUGGGCUAA